AUGGCGCCGCCGCCGCCGCCCGCCUUUAUAGACGCUGCGCCCAGGCCACGCCCCACGCUGCUGGGAAUGCGCCCGCAGAAGGGACAGUUUCGGGUCCCGCCCCCCGCCCCCGUCACUCCGGGGGUGGGACUGCCGCGGUGCCGGGGACGCGCCGCGCGCGCCCUACCAGCCCCCACAGCCAGGCCUUGGGGCGGGGGCGGGGGCGUGGAGGUGGGGGACCCCUUUGGGGGGCCUCGCGGUGACCCCGUCUCCCGCCGUCAUCCCCGUUGCCCUUCACCCAGCGAGACCCCCUUCCCGCCUGAUGCUGCAGCUCCUGGAGUCGCCAUGACAACCAGGGCCUCAGAGGAGCUGGAUGGAGGCCUGGGCAGCUGCCAGGCUGGGGAGGACCUCUCUGCACUGGCUGACCCCUGCCCAGGCAAGGCCGGGGAGGACAAGGCUAGAGGGACACCCAGGCUGGCCGACCUCAGCAGCCAGCCUCAUGACUCCCCGGCAGCUGAUGGCAGUGUGGAUGCCAAGCCUAAGAAGAUGGAAAAGGAGUCUGUGGUCAAGGUGGCCCCAAGCCCUGGAAAGGAGAAGCUGAAAACUGGAGCAACGCCCCGCAGCGCCCCCGCGCGGAAGAAGGCGCAGGCCUUACCGCCCCCGCAGCCACCGCCGCCUCCGCCCCCGUGCGAGGAGUUGCCCUGGGGAGACUUGUCGCUCAACAAGUGCCUGGUGCUCGUCUCGCUGGUGGCGCUGCUCGGCUCGGCCUUCCAGCUGUGCCGCGACGCUGUAACCGGCAAGGUGGACGUCCCCGCACCCGCCCCUGAGCCGUGGGUACCGCCGAGCUCUGCCCAGAAGCCUCGAGAGCCUCUCCCGGUAAGCGCCUCCUACAGAGUCCCGCUGCCCGCCUUGCAGCCGAAGCGCGCAGCCGCGGCACCCGCACUGGCGCCGCCUGCGCCCCAGGCGGAGGCCAAGGCGAGGCCAGAGGCUCCCGGGAGCCGGGAGGCCAAGGAGGAGGACAAGAAAGAGGCCAGCAAGACCACCGGGGAGGCCCAGGUGGACCGAGGGCCCAAAGAAAAGACGUCUGGACGGGAGUGGAGGAAGGAGGAGAGGCCGCGGAAGGAGAAGGAGGAGAGGCCACGGAAGGAGAGGCAGAGGAGAGAGAAGGAGGAGAGGCCGCGGAAGGAGAGGCCGCGGAGGGAGGAAAGGCCGGGGACCGACAGGGAGCUGAGGGGAGGGCUGCCCCGGCGCGGGGAGGCACGUGAAGAGGGCCAUCGGCCGUGGGCGCGGGACUCUGGGGACCCCGAGCCCAGUAAGAGGCCGACGUGGGCCUCCAAGAGGAAGGGACAGACUUCCUCAGAAGAGGAGGAGCGUCCCGACCGCCAGAAGCACCGCACGGGCAAGGGGCGGGACUGAGCCGGGCCUGGGGGCUUUGCCCUACUCCCGGCAGAGGGCAAAAUAAAGCAAGUGCCCUGGCCAAGGUGUGGCACGUUUCCUUUCGCAUGGAGCCUGGGUUCUGAAUGAUUUAGGUGGGGAGCUUCGGGCUGGGGGGAGAGGAGGUGGGUGCUCAUGGGGUGACCUGGGAUGGCCACCUUGUUCAGAAAGAGGUCCCUGACCAAAAAAUAACCUUAACCCCAAACUCAUUGCCUUUGAGUGGAUUCUGACCAUAGCAAUUGUAUGUGACAUACUAGAACUGCUCCGCAGUGUUUUCUCGCUGUAAUUUUUGUGGCAGCAGCUUCCCAGGCCUCUCCUCAGAAGUGCUGUUGGAUGGUUUGGAAUAUCACCAACCUCUAGGUUAGGUGGUGCCAAGGAGUCCUCCGACUCAUGGCGCCCCCGUGUGUGCAGAAUGGCGCUGCUCCACAGGGGUGUCAAGGCUGUGACCUUUCAAAGCAGAUUGCCAGGCCUGUCUUCUUAGGUGCUUCUUGGCGGGUAGUCCAGCCCAAACUGUUUUUGACACCCAGUGCCUCCGCCUGUCCACAAACACGCACAGACACACCUGCAGGGCGUGUAUGGGCCUUUAUUGAGGGAGGCGUGGGGUGAGAA